AUGACCAUCUCCAGUCAGAAUCAAGCUAAGAAGAGAAAAACGUCGAAGAAAACCACCUCUAGGCCUUUUUGGAAUGAAAAAACUGCUCACCAUUCCAAACAAUGGAGCCUCUAUACGAUUUCACCAAUGUCGGCUAGAAAACUUAGUCAGAAGAUCAACUCUGAUUCGUGGUUUUCCGUGGUCAAACAUCCACAAGCUCCAAUUACCAACCACUCAUUGAACUUGCCGCUUAGCAGUGGUGUCAAAGAAGAGAUUACCAGGGCUCGCAAAAUUAGGAUCUAUCCGACUAAUUCCCAGAAAGAAACGUUGAAGAAGUGGUUUGGAUGCCAUCGUUACAUCUACAAUAAAGCGCUGAAGAUGCACAAGGACGGGGUGUUGAUGAAUAUUAAAAUUCUGCGUGAGAAACUAUUGAAUAAGAAGACAAGCGUUUUAAAGCCAGAGGAACAAUGGCUUACGGAGUAUCAUUACGAUUUGAAGGAUGAAGCUCUUCGUGACUUGGUCAAAAACUACAGUAGUAAUAUGGCAAGGUUCAAGAAGAUGGGGGUGCCUUUUAAACUGAAGUUCAAGACAAAGAGUGCACCGGUUCAAACUCUUUCAGUGCUGAAAAAGCACUGGAACAAGGGGAAAAAGACGUUUUACAGCAACAUAGACCCUUCCUCUAGCAUGCGUGCUGCAGAACCGCUUCCAGAGGAAUUUCCACGAGAUUCUAGGCUCCAAAGGACUGGGAGAAACAAAUACUACUUGAUUGUUCCUACGGCUGGUGAGGAAAUUGUCAGAAAAAGCCCCGCAGAAAAGUUUAAAUUUAUUGAUCCCGGGGUGAGAACUUUCCUAACAGGAUAUGACUCUAAUCAGACUGUGGUCGAGAUUGGUAAAGACGUGGUCGUACGCAUCGAGAAGCUUAAGCGCCGACGACCGCAAUUGCAGUCAAAACUUGCCAAGCUCAGGAAGCACAAGAAGAGGCAAAACCAUCGGAAAACCUUACACAGGCUGGACGGAAAGAUUUCGCAUAUUGUUCAGAAUAUGCACAAGAAAUCGGCCCUCUUCUUGUGCAAGUCUUAUGACAGUAUUUUUCUUCCCAAGUUGGAUUACCAAUGCACCAAGCUGACCCGAAAAUCAAGGUCCAGCAUGGUGACUCUCGCUCACUGCUGCUUCCACGAUCGCUUGACGAUGAAGGCAGAGCAGAUCCAUGGUGCAAAUGUUCAUGAGGUUAAGGAGGAUUACACGUCGAAGACUUGUUCUAGUUGUGGAAAUUUGAAGGAUGACCUGAGCUCCGCCAAAGUAUAUAGCUGUAUGAAGUGUGCUUCGGUUUUCGACAGGGACUUCAACGCAGAAAAGAACAUCAUGCUCAAGUAUAUAUGUGAGCCUUUGAUUGCAAGUGGUAAGUCUUCCAUUUCUUCUGCUCUAAGCGUGGGUAAUGGUGGAUUCGCCAUGAUGGGUCCUGGCACCUUUGUACGUUAG